AUGCUAUUUGAAGAAAUUGUAAAGAAAGAGUUUCAUGAUUAAGAUAAUCAUAUCAAGUUUAAUUCAGUAUUAUCAUUUUUAUUACAUUUUAGUUAAAACCCCAUUAAAUAUAACCAAUUGGUAAAUCAUAAAACAAAAUACUUAUUGAGCCAGAGGAAAAAAAUUGA